AUGGCAAUGUUUAAUCAUAAUGUUACCAAUUAUAGUAGUAAUGGCAAUAGUAACUGCAAUAGUCAGCAUCAUCACCAUCAUCGUAAUAGUCAAAGCCAAGCCCAUCAUCACCAUUAUCGCCAAACACACCACAACCACAACCACAACCACCAAAAUCACUUUCACCACCAAUCGCAACAACAAACGCACCAGCCAUAUACCCACCAAGGCUCUAGCUCUGGCUCAGCAUCAGCCUGUAGUUCCACAUCCGCUUCAUCCUCUGGCAAUCCAUCCAAUACUAGUUCUCCACAACCGGCGUUUUAUUCCAACGCGACUACUGCCAAUCUAACCUCCCUAUUAUCCCCAGUGCCCCUGUCUCCAACAAGUAGUAUAUUUCACUUUCCGAACCACAGUCCCAAGCCGCCGCCCGAUUCUCGUUUGUGUGAGCUUGCGAACAAUAUCACCAUUGCACCUCUGUCACCUUCGACAGUGAAUGUUGCCACACUUAACAAUUGCCACCUAAAAGAUCCGGAAAAGAAGUCUAGCCUUAAAUUUCCCGCGUUGUUGUCACCGCUUCAGAUAUCCCUUACGACCAGCGCAACAGCGGUCGGCUCACACAUACCUCUGAACAACUCCUGUUCCUCAAAUAAUUACCUACAAACCCGUCCUAGUCUGGGUAAUCAAAGUUCCAAGGCCAGCUCUAGUUCACAUCAAAACUCAAACUAUGUCCAAGUUCGCAACCAAGUGAAUCAAAAUCACCAUUACCAACACAGUAAUCGACAAUCCCAACUGAAUCAUAACCACAACCACAACCACAACAACAACCAUACCCAAACUGUAAAUCAAAAUCAUGCAAGUCAUAGUCACAUCCACAUCAAUAAUAAUUUUAAUAGUAAUAAUAACAAUAGCAAUCAUCAUCAUCAACAAAAUCAUAGUCAAAAUCAGAAUCAAAUUCAUUACCAUCACACAAACAAAAAUCCAAAUCACAACCACAAUCAAAAUAAACCGACUAAUCACCAAUCCCACCUCCCGCUAACAAAUACAAAUACAAAUAUAAUUUCCACAAACACUACAAAGUCUACAACAAGAACAACAACUGAAAAUUGUAACUGUACUGAUGAUGUGAAUCCAUUUAUGUCGCAGAAGUUGAGUAAACCAAUGCAAAAGAGUUAUCAGGACUAA